CCUUCCUCCAUUCCAUCUGGAGUUCAGUCCCUGGCCAGAGUGGUGCCCAGGGGUCACAGCCUGGCUGUCCUCUACCCCAGAUGUGGGUGUGUGGCUGGGGGCUAAUUGGGGCCUCUCUGAGCAGAGACGGGAUGGCAACUCUGCACAUGCUCAGGGGCACUCGGCCUUAUUGAGUUUCCGUAUGUUCCAAGGCUGAUCUCUCUCUCUCUCUCUGAUGCUGAAGUGACAAGGAUCCAAAACUCUCAAGACUUUUCUGACUUACAGUUACCCUAAUCUUGGCAAGGUUUGUUCAGCGGGGGUUUGCCAUGGCCAUCCUCUGAGGCUGAGAGAGUGUGACUUCCCCAAGGUCGCCCAUUGGGUUUCCUUGGCCAAACUAGGAUUCGAACUCUGCUCUCCAGAGUCAUAGUCCAGCCCUCAAAGCGCUCUUUUACGCUGUCUGUCCUGCCUAGUGAGCACCAUGGAGAUAGUCUAUGUUUACGUGAAGAAGCGCAGUGAGUUUGGAAGACAAUGCAACUUUUCCGACCGGAUGGCUGAAGUCAAUGUGGACAUUCAACCAGAUCCAGUUCUAGCUAUGAAUUUUAUUGAAAGGGAUCCCAUUGACACUGGAGUGCAGUGUGCCAGUGACAUGUCAGAGCAUGAGGUGAACACAGAAAGGUUUGAAAUGGAAACUCGUGGCAUUAACCAUUUGGAAGGUGGCUGGCCUAAAGAUGUCAACCCACUGGAAAUGGAGCAGACCAUUCGUUUCCGGAAGAAAGUUGAGAAGGAUGAGAAUUAUAUCAAUGUCAUUACGCAGCUUGGCAGUUUGAUGGAUCACUGCAUCAAACAGAAUAAUGCUAUCAACAUCUACGAGGAGUACUUUGAGGAAGAAGAGAUGGCAGGAGUUACCGAUGAGCCUCCAUCAGCUAAAACAAUCAGUGUUUUCAGGGACCCAAACGUGAUCAAAAGAACAGCCACCCAUCUCUCCUGGCACCCUGACAGAAGCCGAAAGCUGGCGGUAGCUUAUUCUUGCCUGGAAUUCCAGCGGAGUUCAAAAGACAUGAGCUAUGAUUCACACAUUUGGGAUCUUGAAAUCCCCAACAAACCAGAAAUGGUUAUCCGACCCACAUCACCUCUUGUCUGCUUAGAAUACAACCCCAAGGACUCGCACAUCUUGAUUGGGGGAUGCUACAAUGGACAGAUUGCUUACUGGGACACCCGAAAGGGAGGUCUGCCAGUGGAACUGACCACUGUGGAACUUGGUCAUCGGGAUCCAGUGUACAAUGUGAUCUGGCUGCAGUCAAAAACUGGAACUGAUUGCUUCUCUGGCUCCACAGAUGGACAGGUUUUGUGGUGGGACAUUCGUAAGUUAUCAGAGCCCACAGAGACACUGGUGAUGGAUAUCAGCAGGAAAGGAAUCUUGGAAAACGCUUUAGGAGCAAUUACCCUGGAAUUUGAACCAACGAUGCCAACCAAGUUCAUGGUGGGAACAGAGCAAGGCAUAGUGAUUUCUUGCAACCGCAAAGCCAAGACUCCUGCUGAGAAAAUUGUCUGCACAUUCAGUGGGCACCAUGGACCCAUCUAUUCCCUUUCUAGGAAUCCUUUUUAUCCCAAGAACUUUUUGACAGUGGGGGACUGGACUGCUCGCAUCUGGUCAGAAGAAAGCAGAGAAUCCUCAAUCAUGUGGACUAAAUAUCAUAUGUCCUACCUCACAGAUGGAUGCUGGAGCACCACUCGGCCAGCUGUCUUCUUCACCACCAAAAUGGAUGGAACUCUUGAUGUCUGGGACUUCCUCUUCAAACAGAAUGACCCUACACUCAACUUGAAGGUCUGUGACGAGCCUCUCUUCAGCCUGCGCUUACAAGACAAUGGGCGUUUUAUUGGCUGUGGCUCCAAGCUGGGCACAGUGACGCUAUUAGAAUUCUCCUCUGGCCUCUGCACCUUGCAACGGAACGAGAAGAACCUGACCUCAGCAAUGUUUGAGCGAGAGACCAAGCGAGAGAAAAUUCUGGAGGCUCGGCACCGUGAAAUGCGUCUCAAGGAAAAAACAAAGGCUGAGGGAAAGGACGAUGAAGUCAAAGAAGACGUGGAGGAGGAGAAGCCUGAAGAGACGCUGGAACGUGUACAGAAGGAGUUCUUUGAAGUGAUUGAAGGAGAACUGAGGCGCAGAGAGAGAGCACGGACCAAGUUGAAAUCUAUUGCAGGCCAGGACCAAACUGAAGAAGGUGAGGAUGAAUUAAUUCUCCCAAAGGAGGAGGAGAAGGAAGAGGAAAAAGAGGAAGAGGAGUGAUUGCUAAAGUUGCUACGUGGAAUUUACUUUUGGACUUUAUCCUCUGUGUUUGUUUUUAUUUUUUUAAACAAGAAACAACAUCAAUAAAUGCAGGAACAUUUUCA